UAAGAAUAAAAGAUCAAAAUAUUUUAAAAUGGAGAAUAAAACCAUGUUCAUGAUAUUUUCUUCGAUCAUGGUUUUGCUAUCGUUUUCUCAUCUAACUUUGGCCAAAGAAAGAGGUAAUGACGAGCCACUACUCAUUUCAGACGACGAGUUUGAUGCAAUGAUGGCAAGGUCACCGGCAUCAGACGAUUAUAACGACAAUAUGUUACGUAAAUAUUCAGAAAAAGAAAAAGAUUAUCUUAAGAACUGCGGUAAAAAGAUGGACAUGCCAUAUGGCCCAUAUCAAUGUGCGGACGAAGUGAUAGCUUAUAUUGUUCAGAACAAAAGUGUUUCAAGGGUUUGUUGUUGGGGGAUAGUGAAAGCUGGAAAGGAAUGCCAUAAGAAAUGGACGGGAUUAUUUUUUGAAAUGUAUCAACUCAAACGUUUUAGUUCUAAGAAGUUUUCCAAAACUAAUGAAAUAUGGAACAUGUGUUCUACUGAUAAUUAAUGUUGUUUCACCAUUUUCUGGUUAAAAAAU